AUGGGCAAGAAAAAGGUGCCCGUUGAGGACCUGGUGGUUCCACCGCAGGACACGCGAAUAUGCGGCACCAUAUGCAUCUGCCAGAUGACCCUGGUGCUCAGCUCGGUGGCUCUCGUCUACCUCACGGUGGCCAUAUAUAUGCCCUCAACCAGGGCCUUCAAAAGUGGCAUCGAUCCCACGCCGGUGAUGUGCACCACCACGCGGGCGGUGAACAAGGACAACUGCGAGUGGGGCAGUUGUGGCGAGUGGUGUCUGAGCAAGACUUCCGGAGCCUGCAUCCAGAUCUAUGUGAAUCUGCGCAGCAAUGGCAGCAAUCUCAUAUUCCAGAACUGCACCAACUCGGCCAAUAAAACGUGCUACGGGAUCGACCAGGAUCGCGCGGACAAGGCCAGGUGCAUCAAUGAUGAGUGCAAGAAUCUCACGGGCACCUUCAAUUGCACCGCUGGCCAGUGUCUGAACAUCACGGAUGCCUUCGAGUGCAUCUUCCACAACAGUGAUGCACCAGUCAAGUGUUCCGGCAGGCGGGGAAAGAUCAACUGCAUGGACAUCAGCGGGCUGUACUCCUGCAGUCGAGGAACGUGCCGGAAGAUCCGUACUCCCUAUAACUGUGACCGAAGGUGCGUGGACAUCCCAACACGGAACAAGAACGUGGUGGUCCUCAGCGGGGACAAGGUCUACCUGUCGCAGUGCCAGAAUGCCAUCAAUGCCGAAACUCUGGAGGAGGUGUGGAACGAGUCAAGCGAAAAUGUAGCAAUGACAUCGUGUUACUUCAUCAGGCACACCUCGGACCAGGUGGAUGCGGUGGACUGCAUCAAUGGCUCCACGCUGGAGACCAAUAUGCUCAGCGAUCUGACCAACUUCACAUAUCUGAGCCACCUGCACGUGUCGGUGGCCACUCCAGUGCCGGAAAUAGCACCACCCGAUGUGGACCUCACCAUUUCCAACGAGUCCAAGCUGAUGAUCAAUCUGGAGGGGUGUGUGAACACUCUGAUGGACGAGUGCAAGGAGUUCCUCAAGGACUUCGGACGCGAUGGCAGCGACCACAAUGCCCGGGCCCGCUUCCCGUGCUUCUAUUCGCCCGGAAAGAAGGACGUGGUGGUGGCCCGAUUCGACCUGGAGGUCACCUAUCGCCAGUUUGUGUUCGCCUCGGUAGUGCCAUCGGUUCUGUUCGUGGUCUCGUGUUCCAUCCUGAUCAUGUGCCAGACCACCGUCUACGUGGGCGACGAUGCCAAGAUGCGCUUCAAAGGAUGUGUGGACACGGAGACGGUCCUGAAUAAGAACAACGUGGGCGCACCCACCAACGGCGACAUGGGCGGGGGCGGCGGCGAUGAGGUUAUGGCCCUAUGAGAUCCGUCACGCAUUCCUCUGCUCCAGGAAGACAGCCCGACACACCAGACGGGAGUCUUCGCUUUGCAAUAAUUGGAGUUGGGCACCAGCUGAAGUCAGGAACACAAUCGAGCAACUUGAAAUUCUUUGUAAUCCUUCCAUCGAACUUUUGACACUCCGACACCUCAACACACAGAAAGACACAGAGACACGGACCACACCUCAGAGGCUUUUGCAAGGACACUACUGAGCUAACCAGG